GAAGUCAUAACUGGCAUAACAUAGGUCGAGUGUAGUGCGAUGCGCGCUCGAGAACGGUCGCGUUUUCGCUGCACUGUACGAAUAUUAUAUUCGCGUUUUGCGCGGCAAUAGCCGCUGCCCGUUUUAGUCGCGAUGAGUUCUAAACCACUCAUCGUCAACGAAGUUUUGGCAUUUAUUAUCCAUGCCAUCGAUUACAUGGACGAGGUCAGCAUCGUGCAGAUCUGCAGAUCAGCCUACAAAGAGGAGGAGGUUUGCAGUGCUAAGCUGAUGCUCUUCCAGUCGCUCGGACAACUAGAGCAGAUGCCAUCCCGCCGAAGGGACGGUGGCGACAAGAGCCUGCAGGACAUCAUCUCCCUGCUGAAGAGGACUGAUCCUGAUGACGUGCCUGAAUUCGUGGCGAGGGACUUACAUAAGCUGCCUCCCGUCACGUUUGAUCACGUCGAUGUCACCGGGCUGCUGAAAGACAUAACUUGUCUAAAGGCAAGCCUGGAAGAUAUGAAGUCCAAGAUGGAAGCGUCACAGGCUACCAUCAAUGACCUGCGUAGUGAAGUGGCGUUGUUGCGCAAUGCUACUUGUGUAAGUGGGUCAUCGGACAUCAAGAAUGUUAACACUCGUCGCGGGGCGCAAAAUGCGUCCGUCAUCAGUUUCGAGUCGGCGAAUUCGAGUGCGUCACCGGUCGCCGAUGUCGCUGACGAUGCACGCCGUCCCGCCGCCACCGCUGUGUCAACACCUGCGGCUGAGGCUCGUGUAGGAACAUCGACCCCAAAACGCGCCUACGCAGCAGUUGCAGCCACCAACAAGCCCGCUGUGACGCAAACAAAGCGGAGCAAAGCAAAAGGGGGUCAACAAACUCGUGGCAAACCACAGCCACCGACUGGUCCGAAGAAGGACACGUGCGACAAGGAUGGCUUCGUAAAGGUAGAAAGGAGAAAAAAGAAGCCACCUUGUAGGAAUCAGUGCGGUACCGCACAAACUGGACCCAACAUCCUGCUGCGUCCUGCAGUACCAACGACGCAGCUGUACGUGUCCCGUCUACAUCACACCACGACGGUGGAGCAGAUCGUGGAGUAUGUCCGGUCCAAGACCAAUUGGACCUUGAGGGUGGAGAAGUUGGAGUCGCGCCACAACACGAACUUCAAGUCGUUCAUGGUGCGAGUUCCAACUCAUCACUUCGAGACCUUCCUCAAGGAAGAGUUUUGGCCGAAGGGUGUCGUCUAUCGGAGAUUCCGAGGAAGGCUACGCGACACCACGCAGCGUAACACGACGCCGACGCUUCGUGUGCAUUAGUUUUAAAGUUAUUUUUUAUAUAAAAUAUGUAUUAGUGUAUAAUUCAAUUGUAUGUAAUAUCUAUGUAUAGUAUUUUUCUAUGGGCCUUUGAUGCCUGAAUCAAAUAAAUAAAUUAAAUUAAA